UGUGUUUGCUUUAACCAGAGUUUUUGGUUAAAUCUCCUUGUUGCUCUUAUCGAUCGGCCUCCAGGUCCUCAUGAUGCAGUCGGUGGAUUUAAUGAUGGAGAGAAAACCUCAGUUCCCCUGGGAGGAUCCUGGCUAAACCCGAUGUCGUCAACAGGAACACCAUCUCCAGCGGGCCAUCUCGGCGCAGCAGGUAUACGGCGAGAAGCGGGACAACAUGGUCAUCCCGGUCCCCGAGGCAGAGAGCAACAUCACGUACUACGAAUCCCUCUACCCUGGGGAAUACAAGAUGCCAAAGCAGCUAAUUCACAUACAGCCUUUCAGCUUGGACACAGAGCAGCCCGACUACGACCUGGACUCGGACGACGAUGCGUUUGUCAACAAGCUGAAAAAGAAGAUGGAGAUCAGCUUCCUGCAGUUUGAGGAGAUGAUUGACCGGCUGGAGAAAGGCAGUGGACAGCAGCUGGUGAGCCUCCCUGAGGCCAAACUGCUGCUGAAGGAGGACGACGAGCUCAUCAAGGAGGUCUUUGACUACUGGAGCCGCAAGAGGAAAAACAGCAAGGCCAACUCUCUCAUCCCGACCGUUAAGCAGGAAAAACGGGACGGCUCCAGCACCAGUGACCCCUAUGUGGCCUUCCGACGGCGCACCGAGAAGAUGCAAACCAGGAAGAACCGUAAGAAUGACGAGGCGUCCUAUGAGAAGAUGCUGAAGUUGCGCAGGGAUCUCAGCAGAGCCGUCACCAUCCUGGAAAUGAUCAAGAGGAGGGAGAAGAGCAAGAGAGAGCUGCUGCAUCUCACACUGGAGAUCUUUGAGAAGAGAAAUGUAAUGUCAGACUUUGGUGGUGAGGUGAUGGCAGAGGUUUUGGCUGAGCGGGCGCUGGUGAGGCCGCAGAUCAUUCCGCUGGUCCCCCUCACCAACCAGUACCGACACCAGGACCACAUGGAUCUCAAGGACUAUAAGUCUAAGCCCGAGAAGACGGAGGUUCCCCGGCAGAAGAGGAGCUACGAGAAGAAGCAGAAGGUGUUGCCUCUCUCGUCGGGCAUCCCCCACCACGCGGGUCCUGUCGUCUUCAACGCCAAGGACCUCAACCAGUACGACUUCCCCAGCUCGGAUGACGAGCCCUUCUCCCAGCUGCACUCGGGCUCCUCGGAAGCAGAGGAGGAGAACGACCCAGAUGGUGCCUAUGCCUUUCGUAGGAAGGCAGGCUGCCAGUACUACGCUGCUCAUCAGGAUCGUGUGGGUAGCUGGCCAUGGUGUGGACCCUGGGAGGACGGUUUGGCAGAAGCUCGGUUUCGCUACAGUCUCACCACGCUCACCGUGCCGCGGCGCUGCCUCGGCAUGGCUCGACGACGCGUGGGACGAGGCGGCAGGGUGUUGCUGGACAGGGCGUACACGGACUAUGACAACAUUUUCCACGGACUGGAUACAGACAUGCUCGACCUGCCUCUUCCCCCCUCUCCUUCUCCUCCUCCUACUACUACUUCACGCUCGCCGGCCGCCGACAAGUUUGCCAGUACCUCAGAAACAAAUACCUCAGACAGAAGUUCCUCCUCCUUCAACUCCUCUCUUUCCUCUCCCUCUUCCACGGACCUCAGUCAGAUACUGUUGAAUAUAAAGUCGUGCCGAUGGAGGCACUUUAGACCACGGACACUACCACUACAUGAGCUGGACAAUGCCCACCCGCUAUUCAGGAAGUUGAGUCGAGGCCUGAAGCGGCCUGUCUUGGCCUCCGCAGCAGGGGGACAGCCCUACGGCUCUCAACGCCCGGCGAGGGUUGUCCCUGUACCCGCACCCGUUGCUGCUUUCACAGCCGAACAGUACCAGCAGCAUCAGGAGCAGCUGGCCCUGAUGCAGAAACAGCAGCUGGAGCAGGUCCAGCUGCAACAGCAAGCCAACAGCUCCACCACUGCAAACAGCACACACGUCAGUAUCCCACAGUCCCUUCAGGCUCUCCGACACAAAGUGAAUGUGGUCGUCUCUCCAGUGACUUUAAACAGUUCUCCUCACCUCCAACAGGGCCUGGGAAAUACGUUAGACCAGGCCAGCGCUCAGUUCGCCGCCUCGGCCGUAGUCACCGCCGACCAACUGCUGGCUCUUAAAACCAAGGAGGAGCUAGCCCUGGGAGGCGGAGUCAAUGGCGUCCUCUCCCCCUCAGGUGUCUACAAGGGCUUGCACCUCUCGAGCACAGCGUCCCCUUCCCCCGCUGCCCCGGCUCCUCCCACCACUACCCCGACACCCGCCCUGCUCCACCCCUGCACCACCAGCUCCACCUCCGCUACCAGUAACAACAACGGCACCGCCCACCCUGCCAACACCACUACCACUACCACCGCCACUCAGGUCCUGCUGGGAAACAACAGCCUCCGUCUGGGAGUUCCCACCGGCAAGCGUGUCCACGCCCCCCGGACGCUGAGCGCCACCAUGUCAACAUCCGCCUUAAAGCUCGCCCACGCAGCCGCCGCCACCGCCAACUGUCAGAAACCCAAGGUCACUACGGCCUCGGCCUCGCCACUGGACAUGGUGCCCAGGUGAGGAAGAACGUGUAACCAGUGUGAGGACAUUAAAAGGGAGAAUCACGAACAAGACAAGCCAGCACUGAACAGUCUAUCAGAGAACACAAUGGCCAUGGAGGUUACGUAGCCUCCCGUACGCAGCACGGGGAAAGGCGUGACUCCUUUUUGUUGUUGGGUUUUUUUUUUUUUUAAGGUGCUAUGCAUCGUUCGUUAGUCGUGACAGCAAGUGGUGGCGGACUGAGCACGGCAAGGCUGGGUUUCCAUGGUAACUGUUUUGGGACUUAAUUGCAAUGCUCGUCUCGUACAAUUUUUAUUUUUUCUCCCCCCCCCAUUUCCCUAUUUGUUACUGUUAAUAAGAGAUCGUCUGUAAAUUCUUAAUAUGGCAAUUAUAUGUACAGUACUGCAUAUUUGUAAUAUCCCCUUCCCCCCACGCCCCCCCACGCCCCUGUUCUUGUAUAUAACAUUACUUGAAUACAGAACUGUCCAUUUGUGAUGUUUUGCACUCGAGAUAUAAAAAAAAAAAUCUAAAUUAAAAAGAGAAAACGACAAACUGCAACUGGUGCGAGUAUGAGGUGUGAAAGUUGUACCACAGAAAAAUGUAUGUCAUCACAUGCAUGGUGCGGAACCUGCUGUUUGAUCUAUUUAUUGUGCCGUGUUUACAAAAGUUUUCUUUUCUUUUACCCCAUUCAUGUUUGUUUUUUUUUUUUAAAUCUUUUUUUUUUUUUUUUAAUACACUGUACCCCUCACCGGUUCCCCGUGCUAUAGUCAGUGUUUAGCUAGAUUUAAAAUAAAAAAAACUGUAUUUUUUUAUUUCUUUUUGGAUGUUGUGAACAUGGCCGGGAGCUCGCCCGUUUUUGUUGGGCGCUCUUCCCCCCUGAUGUUCCCCAUGUGUCAGUCAUGUUGAAUCCAUGGAGACGUGCGUUCACAGAUUCAGGCGCAGGGCCGUAGAUGACGAUGGGUGUGAAUUUGUUGUAGGCAUCAGUUUGUCAGUGGGUUAAUCAGUUUCCACAGAGCUCUUCCAUACGUAUAUUAUUCCUGAGACAAGUAACAAAACAAUGGGGAUGAAGACUCUUUCCCAGAAGACUUUGCUGCUUCUGACUUAUCUAAGCACUAUAUAAUUUGUUUUUUAAUUGAUUAAUGCUGCUUUUUUAUGAUUUUUGGCCUCUGGUUUGCACCAGACGGCCUUAUUUACUUUUUGUUUUCUCUAAAACAUGUUCCCACCCCGCCCUCCAACCAUCUCUACUUAUCAUUUUUUAAAAUAAAUAUUUUUGUAUCUCCCACUUUUAUUUGAAUUUUCCUCAUGAAGGACUUCAUUCUUUUGUUACUUGUUGAUCUAAGAAAAAAAAGAAACUAAGGGAGUUAAAAAAAUAAUGCAGUAACUGACAUUUUAUCAUUCCAGCUUCUACAUAAUGAGGAAGAAAACAUGUAUUCAUUGAAAAUACUUUUAAAAACUCUCCAGAAGGCUGAAAGGCCAUGAACCACAAGUUAUCGGGUGCCUUCAUUUGGGAAAAAAAGAAAAAACCUUUAAAAAAAACAACAACAAAAAAAACUUCGCUCUCUUCUGUGAAGAGUUUGGUACUGAACAAGGCUACUUGUAGUUUUUCUUUGUCUGUACCACAAUCCCAAUGCCCAUUCCAAUGGCCCAGUUGAUUCAUGAGUUUUUGUUUUGUUUUUGUAGACCCUUCCUAUACACACACACACACACACACACACACACACACACACAAACACUACACGGGAAAGACUAAGAAUCCUCUUGAAUUGUCACAAAAUGAAAUAAAAAUCCAGGGCAUUAUGUGUU